AUGGCUAGUUUCUCAUCUCGUCGUAUUCCUCCAGGGCCUGGACAGGAAUCCGUUUGGGACUAUCCUCGACCACCUCGUGUCGAAGAAACAUCCAAGCAUAUUGAAGUGAUCUUCAAUGGCGUAAAAAUCGCCGACACUCGUCGCGCUAAACGUGUCUUGGAAACCAGUCAUCCGCCAACUUAUUACAUUCCACCAGAAGAUGUUCGUAUAAAGGAAUAUUUCAAAUUAGCUCCGAAUGAGAAAUCAUCGUUUUGCGAGUGGAAAGGUGCAGCAAAUUACUACACAAUAGAAGUAAAUGGUAAACGAGUGGAAAACGCCGCUUGGUUUUAUUCCAAACCUACCGAACCAAAUUUCUCAUCAAUUAAAGAUCAUAUUGCAAUUUAUGCAAAUAAAAUGGAUGAAUGUCGAGUCGAUGGAGAACGUGUCACGCCACAACCGGGACAAUUUUAUGGUGGAUGGAUCACAAAAGAUAUUGUCGGUCCUUUUAAAGGCGAGCCAGGAACAAUGGGUUGGUAA